GAUGAGAGUGAAAGCAGUGGUGGGGCGAUUUCGAUGAACUCGGAAUCUGCAUACAACUCAGACGGGGAACCUGCGGCUGUUUCUCCUCAACGAAAUCACCACCACGACUACCUCGAUUACGACUGCCUUGACGUGCUUGGGGAGUUCUACUACGUGGUGCUCUACAUGCUCGCCGACGUGGACCUCUACCUGGCCCUCAACGUGGACGUGGACUUCUACUUUGCCCUCGACGUGGUCUUCCUCCUGCACAUCGACGUAGACCUCUACUUGGAAUGCUACCACCUG